AUGAACAGCAGGAAGAACCACAUCACACCAAGGCAGACUAGCAAUUGCAAUUUGCACUUCUUCAGGCCACCUUCAAAGCUUUUGUUUUACGAAGCACUGCCUGGCACCCCUACUGUGACCAAGCUCAAUCCUCAUUACCGCACCGUCUAUAAACACGACCUAAUUUUUGUGCCUGAAUAUCAACUUCUUGGACCUGUGCCUCUCCACAAGGCAUGUGCUGGGACAGGAUCUCAUACAGUGGCUGCUAGAAACCUAGUAGUCAGGCUUUGCAUAGAGGUGGCUCAAAGAAACGUGGUAAUAAGCAACAGUACAUUGAAUGCAAGUGCACGCAAGCGUAAAGAAGCUAAAAACAGUUUUACAGCCAUCAAGCAGCUUGAGAACUGUCUGCAACCCCGUAUUACCACCAACCAGUUCUCUGGAGUAGGGUAUGAAACAGCACAGACAAAAAGAGGACCAUUCAAAACAGAUAGGAAAGCUAAAAAGGCAACAGGUAGGCAAUACAGCAGACGGCUCCAUCUCCAGUUAAACUUGCUCAGAGUAACAAGCAGUAAGAUUGUAUUUUUUCUUCAGAGUGCAGGUGGAGAGGCCAUGAAUGAAAACAAAUUUCUGAACACAGACUCCAGCACAGGAUCGGUGGAAACGACCAUCAAGCCGUUACCAUUUAAAGAUCCAAACUUCAUUCACUCCGGCAUUGGUGGAGCAGCAGCUGGCAAGAAGAACAGAACUUGGAAGAACCUAAAACAAAUUCUUGCUUCUGAAAGGGCAUUGCCAUGGCAACUAAAUGAUCCUAGCUAUUUUAAUAUUGAUGCUCCUCCGUCCUUUAAGCCUGCCAAGAAAUAUUCUGACAUUUCAGGACUUCCGGCAAAUUACACAGAUCCCCAGAGCAAGCUAAGAUUUAGUACUAUUGAAGAAUUUGCCUAUAUUCGGAUGCUCCCUUCAGAUGUGGUUACAGGAUACCUGGCUCUAAGGAAAGCAACAAGUAUUGUUUCCUGAAGAGACCAAAUAUUGUUGUAUAUCACUUGUGAACAGUGCUAAUUUUGAAAAUCGUGAUGGAAACUGACUGCAGAACUGAGGUUCCUUAAAACUAUCUAUGGAUUUUUACAUCUGGAAGUAGUUGAUGAUACAUGGAUUUGAAGAACAUAUGGAUUUAAUUUUGAUAAAUGCUGAUAUUUGUUAGUUUGCCAAUUUGUAAGCAAUUUGGUUUGGUGAACAGAAUAACUUAGACCUUUAAGAUAUGUAUCUGCACCGUGAUGUCUGAGUUAUAUUAAUUUCUGUAGAGACAGGAUUUCAUCCCCACCCUGUAUAUUUUAUGUAUGGCUCUGGCUCAGAAGACAAUCAUUUGAGUUAAGGAAAAGGUACCAUGAUAUCCUGACUUCUAAACCUGCCUUGCUGGAUGCACUUGCCACUUGGCUAUGAAGAAGUUUGUCCCAUCUGUAAAAUGAAGUUAAAAUACCUAGCAAGUGCUGCUACUGUGAUGACUGUUUAUGGUACUGAGUACUGUGGAAAUGAACAGCUUCAGUCAAAUAUUUGCAUUGAAGAACUGUCAGCAUAAAGUUCGACUCAAGCUUGGUUUUGAAAUAUCCUAA